AUGGUGAACUUGACCCCACGCGAUUCAAUCGUGCAGUUCACCUCGCAGCUCCUGCGCGAUGCAAACACCACGAUCUCCUCGGGGAGAGGGGACUUGCGAUAUCUCCGUCAGCUUGACGCUGAUAUGGAACACCUGUCAGACGUCGCCUUCCAAUUGCGACACAGUCGUAACGCCUGCGCGCCUCUUCUGAGGCUUCCCCAGGAGAUCUUGGAGAAGAUAUUGCUAGCCGUCUCUGAGUCUGGAUGGCGACCUUCCUCAUCGAAUAAGAUUGGCUGGCUUGUCAUGACGCACAUCUGCCAGACACUACGUUUAAUUGCGCUUCAUCUUCAGACGCUCUGGGCCAAGGCCGUAUUCUAUCUGCCUUAUUCACAAGCAUGCAUGGAGAUCCUCUCUCGCGCCGGGAAAGUUCCUCUUUCUAUAACACUACGGCAAACUGAAGAGCGUCCUUCGACUGGUGUUGUGAGACUUCUCAAAGAGCAUAUAGACUCCGCCCGAUCUAUAGAUAUCGAAGAAUCGCGCGCGUACGAUAUCGAGGAGAUGGGGCUCUGGCCGUACAGACCUUCUGACCUUGCCGGGCGCAGUUUCCCGCUGCUAGAGGCCUUCCGGCUGAAGGCCUCACAAGCGCAUUACCAUCCUAAUGUCACGCCCGGCGGGCGAUUCCUGACUCCCGAGGCGAUGAUCGCCCCCAGACUACGAUCCUUGUGUCUGGAUAACAGCAUCAUCCCGUUUUCUCCGAACACACUCACCUCCCUCACGAUCUCAAUUUCAUACGGAAGCGAACACGAAGCCGACUACAUUCGCGCCACGCUCGAUGCCCGUCUUUUCGAUAUUCUACAAAGCUGUGGUCGGCUUGAAAAGCUCGUCCUCAAGCACGCGAUACCAGUCUCAUUCGCACGCUUUGAAGGGGCAAACAUCGACAUAUCCUCUUUACGAAGACUCCACGUCACCGAUGAAUAUGAUCAAGUUCUUGUCUUUUUGAAUGUCGUCCACGCUCCCUCAAACGUAGUGAGGGACCUCGUCUUCGGAGGUAACCCCACACCCGACACGACGCGCUUCUUCGGAUACGCAGACGAGAUAGAGAAGACCUUUACGAAAGUCUCAAUCGAAAUGCGACCGUAUGGCAUCGUCUUCCAGUUCUACGCGGAUCCCGCGCUCGCCAAGGGCAAUACUGAACCUCUUGACCCGACGUCGCAUAAUUCCCCAAUGCUCACUGUGUCAUUUAAUCGUUUGGAUCCCGAUACUGUGGGGUUAUUCGUGAAACAAGUACACGAAUGCAUGUACGGAGUAGGGGCGAGUUACGCCCGCACUCUUCACAUCAUAACCUGCCUCGAGCUUUCCCACGAACAAUGGGGACACAUCUUCGAAUUUUUCUCGGAGCGCGUCCAGACUCUGAUCGUAGACGUCGCUGCAUGUCCGUACCUUCAGCACCCUGCCAGUGCCAAUCAAAAUGCCAUCGCGGACGCAAUCUGCUCUAGACCGGGAGCCUUGCCCCUACUCAGGCGACUCAAGUUAGCCAAACUCACAGUCAAGCAUGACUUCUCUCUUUCCCGCAUCGAGGAGAUGUUACGAGGCUGUCAUGGCCAGGGUGUAGAUCUUGAGAGACUGCGUGUUGACACAGUGUCCUUUGCAUCCCAAGAGCUUGGUUGUGCUGCUCAGUGGGUCACGGAGCGCGUUGCCUUUUUGGAGGGUUUGGCUGAAUUCGACACCCUCGUCGAAGGCUUCGUUGCGGAGCCAGACGAAAGCACGGAGGACCCUGAAGUGCGAAGGGCGCGGGAACAAAAGGAAAGGAGGCGUGCCGAGCUUAAGAAAUACGUCAAAGCCGGAGUUCUGAACGCAGACUUGACGCUGUCAAUGUCUGAGAGGGGGAUAGAUGUCGGUGAUAGUCUCAUGAUGAUAGUAUAG